GCCUGUGCUAAUCCAAAUGGUUCUGUGAUUCUGUAAAACAUGAAACAGGGCAUGAAACAGCCUGUACAGGGGGCGGGCCUCUGCUUGGUCUCCCCGCUCCUAUCCCUAUCCCGUGCAGAAAUCGACAUCGCCGGGACCAAGCGCUUCCCCCACCUUCAGGCCUGGGCUGAGGGACCCGGCAACCCGGCCGGGCUGGGCCGGGCCCGCCCCUCCACCCUCCCUCCGUCUCCUCCUCCUCCUCCUCCCUGGGCUAUAUAUGGAUACACGGCUCCCGUCUCUCCUGCUCGCUGGCUGCACUGGGGCUGCGGAGCGUGGGGGGCUCCUCCAUCCCAUGGCCCUGCCCGAGUCGUGACCGCGCCCCCCGCCAUGAAGACCAUCAUCGCCGCCUACUCCGGCGUGCUCCGAGGCACGGGAUCGAACAUUCUUUCUGCUCUGCAGGAUUUGUUGUGGCUAUUGAAAUCCAAAGUAGAGAAACAACUCCAAAUCAUCUCUGUGCUGCAAUGGGUUCUCACUUUCCUUGUCAUGGGUAUUGCUUGCACUUUAAUCCUCAUGUAUAUACUGUGUACAGAUUGCUGGGCGAUUGCUGCUCUAUAUUUAGCCUGGCUGGUAUUUGACUGGAAUACACCAAAGAAAGGGGGAAGAAGAUCCCAGUGGGUGAGAAACUGGGCUAUAUGGAGGUACUUCAGGGAUUAUUUUCCAAUAAGACUGGUUAAAACCCACAAUCUGCUGACCACCAGGAAUUACAUUUUUGGGUACCAUCCACAUGGCAUCAUGGGCUUGGGUGCCUUUUGCAACUUCAGCACAGAGGCCACGGGUGUCGGCCAGAAAUUCCCUGGGAUCCGACCAUACCUUGCUACCCUGGCUGGGAACUUCAGGAUGCCAAUAUUGAGGGACUACUUAAUGUCUGGUGGUAUAUGUCCUGUGAACCGUGACAGCAUAGACUACAUCUUGUCCAAGAAUGGCAGUGGCAAUGCCAUCAUCAUCGUGGUGGGAGGGGCAGCAGAGUCCCUGAACUGCACCCCAGGGAAGAACUCCGUGACGCUGAAGAACCGGAAGGGAUUUGUGAAACUGGCUCUACGGCAUGGAGCGGACUUGGUUCCUGUCUACUCCUUUGGGGAAAAUGAAGUGUACAAGCAGGUGAUCUUUGAAGAGGGUUCCUGGGGAAGAUGGGUUCAGAAGAAGUUCCAGAAGCACAUUGGCUUUGCUCCAUGCAUCUUUCAUGGCCGUGGCCUCUUCUCCUCCAACACCUGGGGGUUGUUACCCUACUCCAAGCCCAUCACUACUGUUGUUGGAGAGCCCAUCACCAUACCCAAAAUUGACAGUCCAUCACAGAAGGAUGUGGACUUCUACCAUAGCAUAUAUGUGGACUCGCUGAUCAAACUCUUCGACAAAUACAAGAGCAAAUUUGGCCUGCCGGAGACUGAGGUCUUGGAAGUCAACUGAAGGCACUGGCUGAGCAGCACCUCUUCUCUCAGAACCAACACAUCGUUUCCAGGAGUCCAAGUUGUCACUGUGUACUUGAAAGCAUGUGUGGGUGUAUGUAUUCUUCAAAGCAAGUGUUCAAAGUGUUGCUAAACCACUUUAAAAAUAAUAAAGGCUUUGCUUUAGAGAAAUCCCAUUACAAACAUCUUUUUAUACAAAAAAUAAAGCACAAGUCCCCAUUGCUGUGAGGAUUUGGAUAAAUGAU